UGGUUCUGCACGCUCUGCAAUGUUUUAGACCACAAUACGCAUGUUGUUGUUCCUAGCCGAGGCUGAAAUUCAGCAGAUGAUCCAGAAGAGACAAUUGAAGAUUCAGGAGAUCAAACACUCAGUCGACCUCAGUGAGGAAGAUGCAGACAGAGCGAUAGCAGAAGGUGUUCAGGUCUUCACUUCUCUGAAGGAGUCUGCUGAGAGAGGUCUGAAUGAGCUCAUCAACACGAUCAAAGAGAAGCAGAAAACAACAGAAAAACAGGCCGAAGCUUUCAUCAAAGAGCUGGAACAGGAAAUCUCUGAGCUGAUGAAGAGAAGCACUGAGGUGGAGCAGGUGUUACACUCUGAAGACCACCUCCAUCUUCUCCAGUCCCUAAACAUCCAACAACCUCCACCCCCCAAGGACUGGAAAGAGGUCAGCAUCUGUCCAUUAUAUGAGGGGACUGUGGUGAAAGCUGUGGCUCAGCUGGAGAAGACGCUCAGUAAAGAGAUGAAGAAGCUGCUUGAAGCUGAGCUGAAGAGGGUCCAGCAGUAUGCAGUGGAUGUGACUCUUGAUCCUGAUACAGCAUAUCCAAAACUCAUCCUGUCAGAUGAUGGGAAACAAGUGAAUCUUGGUUAUGUGUGGAAGAAUCUCCCAGACAACCCAGAGAGAUUUUCUCGUUAUGGUGCCGUUUUAGGAAAGCAGAGUUUCUCUUCAGGCAGAUUUUACUUAGAGGUUCAAGUUAAAGGAAAGAUUGAAUGGACUUUAGGAGUGGCCAGAGAGUCGAUCAACAGGAAGGGACACAUCUUUUUGUGCCCACAGUAUGGUAACUGGACAAUAUUGUUGAGAAAUGGAAAUGAGUACAAAGCUGGUACUUACUCUGUAGUCCGUCUCUCUCUGAAGUCUCCUCCUCAGAAGGUGGGGGUGUUUGUGGAUUAUGAGGAGGGUCUGGUCUCCUUUUAUGAUGUAGAUGCUGCAGCUCUUAUCUACUCCUUUACUGGCUGUGCCUUCACUGAGGAACUCUUCCCAUUCUUCAGUUCCUUUUUUAUGGGCGGUGGUAGAAACUCUGCCCCUCUGAUCAUCUCUCCUGUCAGAGUAAACUAAUCACUGAUCUCAUUUCAGGUCUUGAUUUAUUUUCAUUAAAAGGGAACAAAUGUACAU